UGUGCAGAAGGUCCGACCUGUUCUUAACCAGAGUUACUCUUUUGUAGAGACUGAAGAGGUAGUAAGACUCCUUUUUUUAUUAGACUUGUCAAAUUUUUGAUUGUUUCUUGAAUUAAGAUAUCCUCUGGUCUCCAUAAUUCUUUAGGAUGCUGAUACUGUGUGACCACUCACUCUAUGUAGAGAAGCAUCAUUAGAGAGCAAAAGAGCAACUCUGGCUUUUUUGCAAGAAUGCAUCAAUUUAAAUACAUCAAGGCCUUUUAAGGCUACUGUGGAAAAUAUGAAUAAGGUGUCUGAAAAUCUGAAAGAAAGCCACAAUGUCCAUGUCACACCAGACGAAUGCUCCCGUAAGAAGAGAAGACUUGAUGAGAAGUACCGCAGGAAUUCACCUGGGCUUUUUACGAAGCACAUGGCCUUUCUGCGAGGUGACUCUGACAAGUGCCCUACUUUCCAGGCAGAACCCUCCCUGGAGGAGGAUGUGUUGGCUAAGGUCACAUUCACAAAAGGAGCAGUUAUGGACACGGCUACUAUCUAUUCCCUGAUUGAUGUCUGGGAUGACAUGAAGGAUGAAUAUUAUAAAGCCCACAAAGACAACCAAUUUUAUUGGAAAAUCUCAGCUCAAAUGGUUCUCAGAGGGAAGAAAUUUUCUCCUAGCGCAUGCCAGAAUAAAAUGAAUCUGCUAUUAUCUGAAUACAAGGCGUACAAUACAGGUUUUACUGAUUCUCAGGAGGAACCGAGAGGGGAGUUGAAAGACUCUUCACAACACCAGUGUGAGAAUCAAAAUAGUGCUAAUGAAGAAGGCAAUUGGGAAAAUCCACCUCCUUUUUCAAAAUUAAGCCAUGAAUCUUUUGCAGAGCUGGCAAUUAAGGGAUGCGCUAAAACACAUGUAGCCAUUUUCAGCCUCCCUAGCCUUGCCCUCGAGUGCAUGAAGUACGGAUCCGAAGGCUGGUUCAACUCCAAUGAUAAAACCAUUUUCAACGACCUGUGGAUUGUCCCAACAAGAAUAAAUGAAGGUCACUGGAUUGUUGUCAUAGACCUGGGCAGACGAGUGCACUAA